AUGGCCAACACCUUUCAAGAGUACUUACGGCUUGGCCCAUGGGAAAUAUCUCGCCGCCGUCAUGAUCGUGCAAACUUCUCUGUUGGAUUUGUCGAAGAAUGGUGGCAAAGAAACCCACCAGCUGCUUAUGACUCGCCCAAGUUGGGACGACUGACACCUUUCCAAUGUCGUGAACCCACUAUUACAGGCAUGAGCAGGGAAGAAUUUCGUGAGCGUGUUCAUCGCAAUAAUCAUCUUCGUAGCUCAAACACCACUCUAAACGAUAGUCUAAACAGGUCGUCUGUAGUUGGUCAAGACAGGCCAAGAGUGUCUUUUGGAUCAACUGAUAUUGUCAUGUAUUUCAAAGACGAAAAAGCAGAUUCAGACUGUGCUCGUAAAGCCAAUGACUGCAUAAAUGACGACCAUCAAUUCAAAAGUCAUCACACUGGCAUUUACCAGUCACAAGAUAAAAGUCUCGAUCGCAGCAACCAGAGCUAUAUGACAUUUUGCUGUCUUGAAAAAACCAAUUCUAGCCAUGAUAUUUCAACCACAAAUAGGAACGAAUCCAUACUAAAUCAGCGUCAUUCACAAUCAGCAGAUAGCCUAAACAUCUGCACAACUUCCACGGAUGACAUGAAAAUGAAUGAUGCAUACAAUUCCGAUUCGAUGCGUACUAUUCGAGCAAACUCUACAUCUACGCUCGUAUCUGCAUCAGAAUUUCCCCCAUUCACAAAAUCCCAUUUGGCAGCAUCCAAAAAAACCUCUUUUACAUCCAACCCAGCCGCUAAACCCCCGCCUUUAUCCAACAGUAACAAUCAAUCUCCUUCAGAAACUACAGCAGAUGCACGCAUACAGGAGAUUGUGCCUACCCAGUUUAUUUUUGACUCCAGCAAUUCCAUCGCAUUCUCGCAUCCUGAGCCUUUUGACUUUUCUAUGAAAAAAGCUCAUCGUCGUACAUCGUUUAUUCUUGACGAUAUAAUCAACAGCAAAACUUCAAACGUCACUUUGACUGAUGCAGAGAAUCUACCUAAAACUAUGCCUGACGCAGAAUCUAAAAAAUCAGAUAUAGACCCGCUUCUCUCGACUGUGCUUGAUGCGCCAAAUCAUUCAAUCAGCCCAACAGUAUCCAUCACAAGUGAUACGACAGAGCUAAACGACAUAAUGAUUGAUCCCAAGCCUGACGCAGAAGCUAAACCAAUUCAUUCAAAUAUUUUAGACUCUAAUCAAGUUGAUCCUACAUGCGCGACAAUAUAUCUGAAUCCCAUUGAAGUGCAAGGUAUAAGCAUUCCCGUCCCAUAUCGCGAUAUUCCAAAAGAUCUACCUUGUCAUACUUAUGAGCAGGAUCGAUUGCAAAUCGAGGCUGUAGCAGAAUACUUGACCGAAUCUUGCAGGCAUAUACCAUUGGAUGCAUUUCCAAUCUCACUGGCUCGUCGCAGUACAAGUAUCCAUGAUAUGGACCGAUCAAGCAUUGUGGCUCCGCCAUUCAACUCUCCAGUGUUAUCCCGUUGCUCAAUUUUCAAUAAUAUCCAUCAACUCGACUAUCCUCUGCCUCUACCGGCUUCUAUCAAGGAUAAAGGUCGCGAUAUAUCUGUACUCACUCUUUUAGCUAUGCGCGAGAAAAAGAUUGAUACAGUGAACGAACUUUUAGUCAAACUGAUUCAAGCUGCAAUCAAUGUUGCCCAGCAUGUUUCUGACAAUGAGUAUGUUCGUAUUGCAAAAUUGCUUAUUCCUACCACAUUUCAUCCACAAAUGGUCGAUGUACACAUCAACUACAACUCGGACUAUAUACUGUACGAGGAGGCUGAUGGAAAAUUCAUUCUUACAAAACCGGAUGAUAGUUACUUUUACAAUCAAGAUAGACUUUGCAAGAUGCAUCGUACACAGUUCAAGUCGGAUACAACAAAACCAUCAACUCUUGCUGCACCAGCUUUAUCUUCAAAACCACGUACUCGUAAAACAGGAUCCAAUCACAAUCCUAGAUUGUACUCGGAUCAGUCAAAUGGUACAUUGACACAAACUUGUGCAGCAUCUUCACCCCAUCAAUUGGCCAAUAUACCAUCAAAAUCGCUACAUGUGCAUUCAAAUAGAUCCCAAGAUGCAUCCCUUUCAUGUAUUACGCCAACUGAUGAAUUGACAUUGAACAAUAGUCAUUCAGUAGCGAGUUCCUCUGGCGCGCAUCCAACCGAAUACGACACAUCAAAGUACCAUAAUGAACCGUCCUUGACAAAAUCAAUUGACAAUUCAUCUGCUACUUAUAUACGGGUUGACUCAUCUGAAAACGUAUGCUAUGACGAUCUAGUUGACUGGCAAUAUGUGUUGCCUAAAUCUAGCCGGUAUCAGCGUCGUACAUGGGUGCAAUACAUUUUAGGAUUUAAAUAA